UCUCAUAUUCUUAAAUUGGUUUGUCCUAAAACGCUACUGAGAAGUGAGACAUCCGGAAGGGAACAGUCAUUAACGCCGAUUCAAAAGAAUCAAAUGUGUUUUCAGCAACAGCUCUUUUUUUCCUUGUCACUUAUCUUUAAAAACACCACCAAAAGUUACACACACACACACACACACUCUUUUAAUAAAAAGUCAUCACGGUCUCUCCAGGCACAGGGUUAAACAUGAAUUUGAGCUUAAAAAAAAAGUCAAGAUAGUCUAAGUUGUCUUCUUUUGGAGCAAGGCUUACCCUGAGGAACAAGGCUGGCCAGAAAACAGGCUCUUGUGUUCUGUAAACACAGACAGAAACUCCCCCCAGCAAAAGUUAUUUUUACUGUUUUGACAGACGUCACAACUGUCCACAGCCACCAAUUCUCCCUAAAAGACAUAGGGGGAUAGGCUCUGUCUCCUGUUAUUCUUUGGUUUGGGGCGAGAAACAACAGAGAAGCAAAACCAUGGUUUGAAAGCCCAGUCUCCUGCUAUAAAAGCCAAAAACCAAGCUAGUUGGGGCCCAAGACCUUGCAGCGACCAAAGGAAACAUGACCAAGGCCAACCUAUGACAACGGAUGUUGACAUCUAGAGUUGGGAGGAGCUCGCUACCGAUGGCGCCACUGCCUCAACCGAGGGGCAGCGCGUCAAGGUAAAGCCUCUUGCCCUCGAAGCGGAAAAGAGCACGUGGAGGAAGGACCCCCACUAUGACCUACUGUACAUGCUACAUCUGUGGAUGUCUCUGGCAGACGACAGGACAUGAAGCAAUGGGCUCAAGGUGCAGCAAGAGGAGAGAGAAGAUGCCUUCUACACAGAAACCAAUGCGGUAUGGACACACAGAAGGCCAUACAGAUGUCUGCUUUGAUGACUCUGGAAGCUGCAUUGUAACUGGUGGCAGUGAUGGAGACAUUAGGAUUUGGGAAAACCUGGAUGAUGAUGACCCUAAGUCCAUUAAUGUGGGAGAAAAAUCCUAUUCAUUUGCUUUGAAGAAUGGAAGGCUGGUUUCUGCUGUAUCGAACAACACCGUUCAGAUUCAUACAUUCCCUGAAGGGGCUCCGGAUGGCAUCUUGACACGUUUCACCACAAACGCAAACCAUGUUGUCUUUAAUACUGAUGGUACUAAAAUUGCUGCUGGAUCCAGUGAUUUUAUGGUCAAAAUUGUGGAGGUGACGGACUGCAGCCAGCAGAAAUCAUUCCGAGGACAUGAUGCCCCCGUGUUAAGCCUUUCUUUUGACCCCAAAGAGGCUUUUCUGGCAUCAGCAAGCUGUGAUGGGUCUGUCAGAGUAUGGAAAAUCUCAGAUCAGAUGUGUGAGACAAGCUGGCCCCUGCUGCAGAAGUGUAACGAUGUGGUAAAUGCUAAGUCAAUAUGUAGGCUUGCCUGGCAGCCAAAGAGUGGGAAGUUACUAGCAGUUCCGGUAGAUAAAGUUGUUAAACUGUACAGAAGAAACACCUGGGAGAAUCAAUGUGAUCUUUCUGAUAAUUUCAUCACUCAGACCCUAAAUGUGGUUAUCUGGUCUCCUUGUGGACAGUACCUGGCAGCUGGAAGUGUUGAUGGGUGCAUAGCAGUUUGGAAUGUGGACACAAGGCAGUGCAUGGAGAGGAUAAAACAUGAGAAAAGUUACACAAUUUGUGGUCUGGCCUGGCAUCCCAAGUAUGGGCAAAUAGCUUAUACAGACACUGAAGGAAAUCUGGGACUGAUUGAAAAUGUUUGUGAUAAAGAUGGAAAGAAAUUGAGUGCCAAGGUCCCCAGUACAGUGACAAAGGAGUACAGUGAUCUUUUUGAUGAAGAUGACAAUGAUUUCUUAAAUGGAGACUUGACUGAGCUACAGUCAUCUCCAAAGGUCACAGCUAAUGAGGAAGAUGAUGAUGUUGACCUCAUGCUGGCCUCAGGCCGUCCUAGACACCGAGGGACAAUACUAGAGGAUGAUGAGAGUUCACUAGAUACUGCUGUAAUGAAAGUCAAUUCCAAUCUUGAAGGGGAGGAGGAUGACCAGGCUGACGGCCUUUCGGUGCUGCCAGUGUCAUCCACACAAAGACCUUUCUAUGAUGGGCCAAUGCCAACACCCCAGCAGAAACCAUUCCAGUCUGGGUCUACCCCUGUACACCUCACGCACCGCUUCAUGGUAUGGAACUCUAUUGGUAUUAUUCGGUGUUACAACGACGAGCAAGAUAAUGCUAUAGAUGUGGAAUUUCAUGAUACCUCCAUACAUCAUGCCACACACGUACCAAAUUCUCUGAAUCACACUAUGGCCGAUCUCUCCAGCGAAGCUAUUUUGUUGGCCAGCGAGAGCACAGAGGAACUAGCCAGCAAGCUACACUGCAUUCAUUUUAGCUCCUGGGAUUCAAGCAAGGAAUGGACAGUAGAUAUGCCAAAAGAUGAAGAUAUUGAAGCUAUUUGUUUAGGUCAAGGCUGGGCUGCGUGUGCCACCAGUGCCCUGCUAACUCGUGUGUUUACAAUUGGUGGAGUUCAGAAAGAGAUCUUCAGUCUCCCUGGUCCAGUGGUGUCAAUGGCAGGACACGGAGAACAGCUUAUGGUCAUUUAUCACAGAGGUACUGGCUUUGAUGGGGACCAGUGCCUCGGAGUACAGUUGAUGGAGCUUGGGAAAAGGAAGAAACAAGUUUUACAUGGAGACCCACUUCCUCUUGCAAGGAAAUCAUAUCUGAUGUGGGUAGGAUUUUCAGCAGAAGGAACCCCGUGUUAUGUGGAUUCGGAAGGAAUUGUGCGGAUGUUGAACAGAGGACUUGGCAACACCUGGAUUCCCGUGUGCAACACAAGAGAGUACUGCAAAGGGAAAUCAGAUCACUACUGGGUAGUUGGCAUCCAUGAAAACCCCCAGCAGCUGAGGUGCAUUCCUUGCAAAGGAGCCCGGUUCCCUCCCACGCUCCCACGUCCUGCUGUAGCGAUUUUAUCCUUUAAACUUCCUUACUGUCAGAUUACAACAGAAAAAGGACAGAUGGAGGAACAAUUUUGGCGCUCUGCAGUGUUUCACAACCAUUUGGAUUAUUUAUCAAAACAUGGAUACGAAUAUGAUGAAAAUGCUAAAAAUCAGGCAGCAAAAGAACAGCAGGAGCUGCUAAUGAAAUUGUUCGCUCUUUCUUGUAAACUGGAGCGUGAAUUUAGAUGUAUGGAACUCGCUGGCCUCAUGACCCAAAAUGUUGUGAACUUAGCUGUCAAGUAUGCUUCCCGCUCCCGAAAACUAAUAUUGGCCCAGCGACUAAGUGAAUUGGCAGUAGAGAAAGCAACAGAGUUGGCAGCAGCUGAGGAGGAAGAGGAGGAGGAGGAGGAUUUCCGAAGCCAUCUGAAUGCUGGUUACAGCCAUUCUGCUACGGAGUGGAGCCAACCUCGAGCCAGGACCCUCCAGCAUGACCAAGAAGUGGAAGAUAGUGAGGAAGCUGAUGCAGCUGAGGAGAUGGAAGAAAUGACAGCAGUGCAGAGACACAGAUCCAAUCCAUUCUGCAAAAGUGUAGGAAUGCCAGAGGUUUCAACUCCUAAAUCUGGGGAAAAAAAAGAAGCUGUCAUUGCAUCCAGCAGCCAAGGUCGAGUCAAUCCCUUCAAGGUGACAGCCAACAAAAAAGACCCUACAGUUCCCCCAGGUAAUGUUCUAGACACUAUGAGCAAGGCCUCCAAGAAAACCCCUGCAUCUACAAGUCGGGCUGGAAACAAGCAGGAGUCUCCAGUUCUAAAGCCUCUGAUUCCCAAGCCAAAGUCCAAGCAGGCCCUAGCUGCCUCUUUUUUCCAGUCCCGUACACCCAGCACUGAUGACAAAACAGUGGAAGAAAGAGAAGAAAAAGCUGAGAAGGCCGUGCCUGAAACACCAGCUGCUGCCACAGAGACCACUGAAAACAAAAGACCAAAGACAGGAUUCCAGAUGUGGCUAGAAGAAAACAGAGGCAGCAUUUUGGAAGAUGCACCUGAUUUGGAAGAAACAGAAAUAAUAAAAGAAGGCAUGAGUCGGUUUAGAAUGCUAACAUCUGAAGAAAGGAUGGGUUGGACAGAGAAAGCCAAAGGAGGAACAACAGAUAGCAAUUCAACAGAAGUAAAAAAGCGGAAACGCCCCUCGGGUGCAAGCGAUGAAGGAAGAGAGAGUCAGGAAGAAAAAUCAAAAGAGGACUUGAGUUUGCCCAGAAAACGGAAACCUUUAGAUCAGUCCGCAAAUGUCAAAUUAUCGGCUUUUGCAUUCAAGCAGAGCUAAAACAGAAUGGUGCCUUCCCUCUGCUUUCUUCUUAAAAAGUGCAUCAGGUUUUUUUGUACCUUGAAGUCUAUGUGUGUGUCCUCAAAGAGCAUUUGCAGAAAGAGCAUUUGGUGUUAAACAUGCCUGUCAUAAAGUGUUUCCCUUUACUCUUGACUCUCUGGAAAUGUUGCCGCAUCCCUGAAAUCUGUGAUGCCAAUUUAGUUUUUCUAUCAAGUGUGUAUAGUAGAGAUACUUAAAUGUAAAUGACUGAAUAAGACUGGAUUCUUUGGGGCUGUGCAGAUGGUGUGCUUAUAGUGUUUGACCCUGAAGCCAGUUUAGACAUCAGAGAGAUUUGUGAAGCGUAAUGAUAGUGGAUCAAAACCAGGGCAGGAGGUUUUAUCGUACUCCCACUUCCUGCUUCCAAAGCAAGGAACUUCAUUUAGAAGGAACAGGAUGGGAGAAGAAUGACCCUGCCCCUGGCUAAUCUUUUGGCUGCAGCUUCAAUCAAUUGUGGCCAUCUGAAUGAAGCCUGUGAACUAGAGCAGCACAGGGGGGCUAGCCCUGUACCAAAGUCUUGCUGGGAACGCUGGGUCUACAAAAGUGAGGUUUAAGCCACCUUUGUAUAUGUAUACACACACACACACACAUACCUUUCCAGGAUGCACUUGGUCUCCACCCGGGACCUGCUCCUCAAAGUGUCCUUGCUUUUUAGAAUUUGUGCAUUUUUUUAUGUAAGAUUUGUUUGCAAUAAAAUGUGAA